GAAUCCCUAGGGGGCGCAUCUCCCACAAGACUCAGAGGGCGACUUAAUAGAAAGUCUCCUGGGUGCGCUACAGUUUGACCGCCCUGUGGUGAGGCUCCCCCGGGCUCUGUUGGCCAGAAAAUGAUGUCUGGCGAAGGAAAUGAGUUUGUUGCAGAACCUGAAAACAAAUUGAAACGUCCUGGGGAACCUCAGAGUCCUACAUCCUCUAAGAGAAAGCCAAGUACAUCCCUGCUGUUAGUGAAACAGGAAAAAGAGGAAGAAUCCCAUCCUGAGAGCUCUUCUGUGUCCAAGGAAAUUGAUGCUACUAUUGUUCAUGAUGUCCAUGAGGAGAAGAUGGAAACUCUUCAGCCACCUGAUGACUCUAUGUCAAAAUCUGUUCCUCCAGAGCUGAUGGGUAUGGCAGGAGAUGUUUUUCCACCCAAGCCGCUACAAUUGGAUGAUAUCACUAGUUCCAGCCAAGAUGAGGCAAUGUACAAGCCUGAUGAUGAUGUACCUGUAGGAGGUAUCGAUACCAGUAACCUCUCUACAGAUAAUCCAAAAGUCACAGAGAAGCCCUCUUUGCCAAAAAGACCAGAUAACAUUAAUGAUAUAAAACAGCAAUUAAUGAAAGAAGUUCGACGGUUUGGACGAAAAUACGAAAAAAUCUUCAAACUGCUUGAAGGAGUGCAAGGACCUCCAGAAGUCAAGAAACAACUUGUUGAAUUUACCAUCAAGGAAGCAGCAAGAUUUAAAAGACGAGACUUAAUUAGACACCUUGAGAAGAUACUAGAAAAUACAGUUUCUGAAUGCCUCAACAAAGAUAAUUAGUCCUCCAACACAUAAUCCUGUUAUGACAGUGAUAAGUGAGAAAAAAAAGAGCCAUACGGUUGUUGUUUGCUGGAAAAAAAAAUGUUGGAUAUUGUUUCUGCCUCCUUGAAUAUGUUAGUUGACUUUAUAAUGUUAUGAAAUUCUAUUAAUAAAAGUGGGGCUUUUGCCCUAAGUGUUUUGUUCAAAUGCAGAA